CGAACACUCACCAAUUCGUUCGGCCAACAUGAUGCGAACGUUCAUGAGCCAUCCGACUCUAAGUGCCAACUGGAGCGGCGAGUACGAGGAAAAGUCGGCGGAAUGGUUUGAGCUGUUCCUGGACUUGAUCAUCGUGGCUGCGUGCUCGAAUGUCACGGAGAAGCUCAAGGAGGACCUCACGCUCAGCGGUCUCGCCUACUUUGUCCUCGUCACCAGCAUGUACACGAGCAGCUGGACGCUGUACACGAGUUUCCACGCCCGCUUCAACGAAAAGUCCCUUCUGCACUACCUCUGGCUGUACAUUUGGCUGGCGGGGCUCGGAGGGAUGGUGUUGGCAGGCGAGCCGAGCAAUGCGUUUACGAUUGGACUCGUACUCGUGCGCAUCGCUCAGCUGCUUAUGUACACCACGGUGUACAUGCUGCUUCCCCAGAGCCGCUGCACGACCAAGGUGGACAUGAUAUUCGUCCUGUCCAGUGUCUUUGCCCUCGGCAGCACGUUUGUGUUGUCGGAAGCGUGGACCAUUGUGGUUUAUGCGAUCGUACUGGUGUGGGAGUGCAUUUUCCGGUUCGUAGCGGCCGCCCAAGGAUGGCUGCAGACCAAGGACUCGGUCCGCAUCCCGUUGAACAUUGACCAUUUCAACGAACGCGUGGGGUGUAUGGUCAUGGUCGCGCUGGGCGAAGCUGUGGUCAGCACGAUCAUCAACUUCAAUGACCCGUCGCUGCUGACCACCCGUUUCUUCUUCAUGAUGCAACUGGGAUUGCUCGUGAUAUUCACCAUGGCCAUGUUUUACUUUGCAAUUCGACCGCCCCGCGCGUUUCACGCCAUGCGCCGCUCCGUGUACGCUGGCAUUGGCUUUUCAUGGCUCCACUUGUGCUUGUACCCGACGUUGUUGGUCAUCGGAGUGAGUCUGAAGCUCAUCACAGACGCCGUCACGACUGACGAAUCGUUGGAGGCGACCCGCGUGUGGUGGCUCUUUGGCUCUAUUUCCGCAGCCUUGACCGUCAUGCUGUGCAUUCGACUCGUGCAUUUUGGCGGUCGCCACCCAGCCCCGACGGACCCGGACUGCGUCAAGCGGAUCAAGCACGUGUGGUGGGCUGUCGUAGGCGCGGCGCCGUUGGUGUCGCUUGUCCUAGGUGGUGCGCUUCAAGUUUUAUCUGGUGAUUUCGUGGACCCGAUCCAUGCACUGAUCGUCGCGGCCAGUUUUAACGUCACGUUUGUCGUGUUGGAAACGGCCGUGAUGAACAAACUGGUGCAGCUGGGCCACGACCAACUCAAAAACGAAGUGCACACUCCCCUUAUCAAGAAAGUGUCGUCGCAUUAAGCCCGCAAAACUCUUUGUAACCAAGGAAGCAUGUAGUGCAUUGUCAAGGCAGGUUUGCACCUACGCUGGCACGAAUUAACCUACUCUGUACUAGUACUUCGAAGUAGUAGGUAGCAACCCAGUCGUAGCCAUGCGGUUUAUAAGUCUGGUAGGACACAGACAUUGUACUUCGUAUACCGUGUCUGUGUGUUCAUUGCA